GGGGAAGUUUCCUUUGGGAGCCAAAUUGACGGAUCGAGCCGUCGAAUUCGCCCCAUCCAAAUUAAACGAACCACCAAUACGCGCUGGUCCCUGAACGGCCCCCACGAGCUUCAGUAUGGGUCUUUUGCCUAUUCAGGAACUCACCUAGCUCAGGGAUUCAUGCUAACAGAAUCAGGGAAUUCAUGUUCUAGAGUCGCAUUUCUGAGAGCGACUUCGGCCAAUACUAUGGAUCGCAUGGAUGUUGUAUCAUGAGCAUGGUAUAAAUAUGGCUGUCUGACCCGUCGAGGAAUAUUAGUACUCCAGGAUCAGAUUUCCACAUCACAAGUACUAUCCGCAUCAUCAUCAUCACCAUGAUUCCCGCUAUUCUGACUGGAGUUUCCAUGCUCGCAGGCUCUGCCUACGCUUCGGCCGUGCAGCCCGUUCGUGCAACCGGAGGAUGCGCCAACAUCAACUCGUACUACCCGGAGACCGGAACCACCGGCUAUUUCAUGCUUGUUGCCAGCGACUGCAAGAACAUGACGGCUCCGGAUCAGGCUUGCCCUAUUGAGGGAUUUGGUGAUACUAGCGUUGUCUUCCGCACUGCUGGAGAGACUGGUAUCCACGAGGGAUAUAUCGCGAUCGGCUCCGAAAACGACGAGGCCAAGAACCCUAUCAUCUGCGAUGACUCCUCUCCUUCUAUCCUUAACGGUCUUGUUGAGACCGGCGUGAGCGGAUACAGCUACCAGCCCUUGAACAUCAGCUCUAUCCCCUAUACCGCUCUCUUGAUGUGGGGAUUGCCUGAGGAGGCGUCCGUCCCGGUCGACUUCUACCACCACUAUGUAAACGGCACGCAGCAGGAUGGGCUGUUCAUUGGCGCCAACAAUGUCACUACUUGGGCUAUUAAGGAGUACUCUGAUUCUGGUUCCAAGUUGCCGUACUGGUUGUUCCGGUUGUUGGGGCCCGACAGUGAGGAUCCCAUCACCGGUGCAGCGUUGGAGGAGGGUGAGUUGGUUACCUAUAUUAAGGUUAGGUAUUAACUGAGGAUUUGCAAUUGGGAUCUGUGCCUGCAGAAAAUGGAUUAGCUGUGGAAAGGGAUAUAGAUUCCCUGCUCUGUGAAUGGAUAACGAAAAUACCCGCAGACGGGUCAAUCAAUAUGUUGAACAGGC